GUGGACUUGUGGCAAAUAUUUUGGUAGUGUAUAUAUAGCCAGUGCUUUUGGUUUUAUAAGAUAACUCUCACAUUUUGUUUUCCACCACCUCCACAUAUCUUAUAUUCACAUUUUGUUUGACAUCGUCGAUUUAUCUGAAAAUGACUUAUACAAAUAAGCCAAUCUCAAGGCAGAUAUUUUUACCAGAAUAAAAAUAAUUACAUGUGAGGUUUUGUUGUUCGUUCACUCAAAGUUGUUCUUGUGUGCUUGAUAUUUCAUGUGCAGUGUUAGUGAUAAGUAGUUGCUGUAGCCCGAAGCACAAUAGCUGCGAGACUCAUCAACCCUCGUACCCCUACGGGGUCUUGCUUUUCAAUAUGUACACAAACCUUUCAUAACCUACAAGAUGAAGAUAUAGUGAACUGAACUGAACUGAUUGAGACUCUCUACACACAAAGUGCAAGAUGAUGAAGAGCCACACAAUAUUCCUACGGAUUAUUUUUCUUUUGAUGUUUCUUGGGUGGCUAACUGUUUGGAUAUUGUUGCCCACUAAGAUCUACUUUAACACCUUGAUUCCCAGCCUACAAAACAAGCUUUAUUCUACAUACUUCAGAGAGCAAGGGAUAAAUCUGCUGCUUUACACAUUCCCAAUGAUGUUCAUUGGAGCUCUGAGUUGUAUUUAUCUCCAUCUGCAUCAAGAAAAAAUAACAGACAAGUUACACUCCAGAAGUGCUGGCGCUGGCGCUCUGAAAAGAUGUUUAUGUUUCCUGAGACGUCCAUUCCUCGUGAUGUCUCCGAUUGGAAUUGUUUCAUCUAUGGAGCUUAUUUUUGCACUCAUGUUUGCUGCACUUUUGAUAUGGUCCCUUUCAAAUUACAUACAUAACAGUUUCGGUCAUCUUCAUAUUCACAAGCAAGGCGAGAAAAUAUGGGAAGUGAAGUUGAAGAGGGUAUCUUUGAGAUUUGGAUAUACAGGAAACAUAUGUUUGGCAUUUCUGUUCUUUCCUGUGACAAGAGGGUCUUCUAUUCUGCCUCUUGUUGGUCUCACAUCUGAGUCAAGCAUCAAGUAUCAUAUCUGGCUUGGACAUUUAUCUAUGCUUCUUUUUUCUGCUCAUGCCAUAGGAUUUAUCAUCUAUUGGGCCAUCACCAACCAAUUGAUUAAGAUGGUAGAGUGGAGCAAGACAUAUGUAUCCAAUGUAGCUGGGGAGAUUGCAAUUUUAAUAGCAUUAGCAAUGUGGAUAACAAGCAUUCCACGCAUAAGGCGUAAGAUGUAUGAAGUAUUCUUCUACACUCACCAUCUCUACAUUCUCUAUAUCUUAUUUUAUGCCAUCCAUGUUGGAGUUGUAGACAUGUGCAUGAUUGCUCCUGGGAUUUUCCUAUUCCUCAUUGAUAGACACCUUAGAUUCUUACAAUCUCGCCAAAAUGCUCGGCUGCUAUCGGUUCGCCUUUUACCUUGUGCGGCACUUGAGCUCAACUUCUCCAAGAAUCCUAGUUUAUACUAUAACCCCACAAGCUUUGUGUUCAUCAAUGUUCCCAAGGUUUCCAAGCUGCAAUGGCACCCUUUUACAAUGAAUUCUAGUUGUAAUAUGGAGACUAAUCAUCUGAGUGUUACUAUAAAAAAUGUUGGCAGCUGGUCAAACAAGCUUUACCAGGAACUUUCUUCAACAUCUUUGGAUCAUCUUCAUGUUUCAGUUGAAGGACCCUAUGGACCGCAUACUGCACAAUUUCUAAGGCAUGAACAAAUUGUGAUGGUGAGUGGUGGAAGUGGCAUAACUCCAUUCAUAUCUAUAAUUCGAGAUCUCACAUUUCAAAGCCAUCAACAAGAAUUCCAAGCUCCAAAACUUCUACUUGUUUGUAUUUUCAAAAAUUAUGUUGAUCUAACCAUGUUAGAUCUUGUGCUUCCCAUUUCUGGUUUGACAACUCAAAUCUCAAACCUUCAGUUAGAAAUUGAAGCUUACAUUACAAGAGAAAAAGAAGAACCUUCAAGAGAUACUCAGAAACAUACCCAAACCAUAUGGUUCAAACCAAACCUCUCAGAUUCACCAAUCUCAGCUGUAUUAGGCCCAAAUAACUGGUUAUGGCUUAGUGCUAUAAUCACAUCAUCAUUCAUAAUGUUUCUCCUCCUUUUAGGGAUUUUAACUCACUACUAUAUUUAUCCGAUUGAAAGUAAAUCUGGUGAAGUGUAUAAUUGGACAUUCAAGGUUAUGUGGUACAUGUUUCUACUUUGUGCAUGCAUAUUUAUAUGUUCUAGUGUUGUUUUUCUUUGGUGGAAGAGACACAACACUUUAGAAAAUAAACAAAUAAUGAAUGAAGAAGUUCAAACACCAACAACGUCACCAGGGUCAUGGAUUUAUGGAUCAGAAAGAGAGGUUGAAAGCCUUCCUCAUCAAUCUUUAAUGCAAGCUACACAAGUGCAUUUUGGUGCAAGACCUGAUCUCAAGAAAAUUUUGUUUGAGUGUGAAGGCAAAGAUGUUGGAGUUAUGGUUUGUGGUCCAAGGAAAUUGAGACACGAAGUUGCUAGAAUAUGUGCUUCUGGUUUGGCUGAUAAUCUUCACUUUGAAUCCAUCAGCUUUAAUUGGUGAUCUAUAAUGUAAUUUAGCAUCAAUAUACAUGUUAUAUGCCCUAUGUUUAUUUUUGCUAAAAGAAAGAACAAUUUUUGCUCCCA